AUGCUCACAUCCGGACUCACCAAUACCCCGCUCACCAAGUCCCUCCUCAUCUACACCAUCACCUCAUCGAUCGCGCUCUCCCUCUUGGAUAUCAAACACCUAGCCUCCAUUCAUGUCUCGCCACACUUCUGGCCCUACGCCCAAGUCUGGCGCGGCCUGAUCUGGCAAGUCGCCGGCUUCUCCAAUUCCACUGAGGCCCUCUUCGCCGCCAUGUUGGUGUACCACCUGAGAGUCGUAGAACGCGCCUGGGGAAAGCGAAAGAUGGCUACAUUUCUCUUGACUACACUCCCAUAUACAACUAUCCUCCCACCGCUCCUCCUCGCCCUCGUUGUUAGACCCCUCUCCCUCAAUCACCUCAAUUACCUCCCCUCCGGCCCUACAGCGACAAUCUUCGCCCUUCUAGCUCAGUAUUACGCCACAAUCCCCCACACAUUCCGCUAUCGCAUCGGCACCACAGCUCCCUCUGCAUCUGCAUCUGCAUCUUCAUCUUCAUCUGCACCCCACGAGAACACAAACACCCCCAAGCCCGAACCAAGCAGUUUGACUCUUCUCCUUUCCGACAAAUCAACAACUUACCUCGUUGCAGCUCAGCUUGCUCUCUCGCAAUUCCCUGCUAUGUUGCUCCCUUCAGCUGUGGGCUGGACUAUCGGCGUUGCAUGGCGCGCGGAGUUACUGCCCGGUCUAUCGCCUUCGAGCGCGGGGUUCCGAGUCCCGGCUUGGAUGGUCGGUGAGAGGGAGCGGAGAGGUGCUGCAAUUGGGGGGAAUAGGGCGGAGAGAGAACGGUAUGAAGAUUUGAGGAGGAGGUUGGAGGGCGAGGUUGCAGCCUCUACAGGUGUUGAUGGUGGACAGAGGCGGAGCGGGACCGGAGAGGAGAGUAGUGGGCUCAUGGAGAGGUUGCGCGGUGCAUUCUAG